CUGGCGUGUGCUUGGGUUUGCCCGUUUAGGAGUCAGAGUUACUUUUGCAGCGCAGCCAGGGCAUCAUCGGGCUGUAGCGGGAAAAUCGCUUUGGUUCCUCUACUCCGGCAGUCAGCGUUGUUUGCGUGUUCUUCCACCGUCUCCGCCGCCGUGCAGGUGGAGAGCAGGGAAUGUGAAGCAAGGAGGGAUGAAGUCAGGGGUGGUGGAGGUAUGGCAGCCGGGAGGGAGAGCUGAUACGUCCUAGAAGAGGCUUGAAAGGGAAAAGUUGGGUCCGGUGGGAGCUUAACAACUGGAAGGAGCAGGUUUGUGAAUGAAGUGUGACAGGACUUGAAGAACAGUUUGGGAUGAGAGGGGUUUGAGAAAAUUGAGUAUGUGGAAGUGUUACAGACAGAAGCAAAAGAGAGAGAUAGGUUGCGUGUAUGUUCUCUGUAGAAAUAAACACAUCCUUAGAUCCAGUUGUAUGCCAAGGCCCAAUUAGGAUUUUCAGCCUGCGUUGCACUGUUAGUACAUCUUGAAGUGACAUCUCGAUCUUAAUGUCCAAAAGCCAUUUUAUCAUCAUUAUUACUUUCCCUGUCACCACACUAUUUCUUCCAUUCCUGUGAGAGUUUAAAUUCCUUACCUGCUCCUGUGUCUCUUGACUGAAGCCUGUGCUGUGCCCUUGUUGCAGGAGUGACUUUGUCUAGGAUGUAAUAAGAUGCAGCAAAGAGGACCAAUGGUUGCUGGAGCAUUCUUUACUGUUUGGUAAAAAGGAAGUAAAUGCAGUGAUGAAUGCUUUAAUUUCAGCACUGAAAUUUUUUCAAGUGACCAUUACAAUUAGAUAUAAUCCAUAAACACACUCUCUCUCUGUAGACCCUAUAUAUUGCAGUGGCCUUUCAUUUUGUAUCAGGACAUAUGUAAUUACAACACUAAGUUAAUAUUUAAUUCUGAAAAGUAAGUUUAUAAAUGUAUGAAGAUUACUAGGUAUGUUUAUCAUUUAAGAAGAAAUGAUGGUAAAUAAGUAAUUUCCUCCAGAGCUGUGCUAUUUUUUAUCAGAAGAAUAGUUAUGGCAAACCAGCUGAUUUAUUCUGUGGCAGUGCAGAAUCUUGCUAGACAUCAUUUGCAUAGUUUGGGCCAAUUAAGUGGAAUGGUAUUUAAUUGCUGGAGUAAGCCAUAUAGUAUUUGCAGAGUCAGUGGUUUAAGUCUUAUGCAUUAAACAUCUCAUUUUUCCACUUCUGUUCACCUUCCAUUGUUCUUGGGCUACAAAGUCCUUUUUGAGAUGGUAGGAGUGAUAGACAUAAUACUGGAAUAUAGAGGUGUAGAGUCUGAGAAUGGUUUGGAUUGGAAGGGACCUUAAAAUUAAUCUAGUUCUUAAUAUAUUACAGAAGUUUUCUCCAUUUCUGCAUUAACACUACAUGCUUUUCACUUCCCUAAGUAAUUCAGUGUUUGGAAUCUCUGUUUCUCUUUCAUCUGCUGAAAUAGACAAAUGGUUUUGUGUCAGGAUUAAUAUGUAGUAAGCUGUGGAUAAGAGCAGCAGUAAACACAGAGUUUGUUUGGCAGCUCCUGAUAAAUACAUCAUUCUGUGUUGUUACUUUUUUGUUUCAUGUACUAGACAAUGCUGACAAUAUUUCCAUUAGCUUUCUAUAAACAUUAUUUUCCUUAACAUCUUAAGGGUAACCAUCUCAACUGAUAGUUACUAAACUGAGCUUGACUUAAGCAUGUUGUGGUUCACUAGGUGUCAUGAUAGCUCUACUUACCCAGACCAACUUUAUUUGAUUGUUUUAGGUUUACUUGGUUUUGUUUUAGAAAUACUAAAAAAAAAAACUAUCUUCUCCUGCUGCAAAUUAGUGGGGAAUUAUAAGGAGAUGGGAUGAAACAGUACAAAAGGAGUUUGUUAGAGCAUCUUGAACAGGUAAUCCCUGCAAAAAAAAUGAAAAGGUGUAGUGUUUUUGGGGUUACUCAUGUGCUAGUUAGAUGUGAUGGGUGGAGGAAUUAGUUGUAUUGUUGGAAAACAGGAUAUCAUGCAAAUCGAAACUUAUAUUAACAGUUCCUUCCAGUGUCUGGGAAGAUCGUUUGGGUCAAGUUAUGUUGUAGUGAAGAGGCUACUUGCAGCUUGCAACAUGAACUUUGGUUAAUUUAGGUCUCAUUAAUGCUGUUGGCUGGGGAGGAGGCAGAACUUGGAAGCCCUGCUUUGGAGAGGAGUGUUCCCCUGGUUCAAAGCUCUCCCAUAAGUUCUUUCUGAGGUUAUUUAUGCAAAUCUCAUCUCUUGAAAUCAGUGUCUAACAUACAUCUGAUCUGGUUUUAGGAUGAUUUCUCUCCAGAGUUUAUUUUUGAAUGGAAGUGUGCUCCUUCCCAGUAGAAGAUGGUGAUCCCAAUGUAUGAUCAUGGAGAAGGGGAUAAGUUCAGUAGAAGUGUUACCUUCCAAAUCAUCUCAGGUUACAGCUGUAAAAGUGGUGGUCAAAGAGCCCGAAACAAAGCAAACCCAAAGAGGGAAACGAGUGGGAUUUGUGCUUGUCCAUGCAGGUGCAGGUUAUCAUUCCGAAUCCAAAGCUAAAGAGUACAAGCAUGUGUGCAAAAGAGCCUGCCAGAAGGCAAUUGAAAAGCUACAGGCUGGUGCUCUUGCAACAGAUGCAGUGACUGCAGCACUUAUAGAACUAGAGGAUUCUCCUUUUACAAAUGCAGGAUUGGGAUCUAACCUAAACCUUCUGGGUGAGAUAGAAUGUGAUGCCAGUAUAAUGGAUGGAAAGUCAUUGAAUUUUGGAGCAGUUGGAGCACUGAGUGGAAUCAAGAAUCCGGUUUCGGUUGCAAAUAGAUUGUUGUGUGAAGGGCAGAAGGGGAAACUCUCUGCUGGCAGAAUUCCACCUUGCUUUUUAGUUGGUGAAGGAGCUUACAGAUGGGCAGUUGAUCACGGGAUACCAGCAUGUCCUCCAGGUAUCAUGGCUACAAGGUUUAGUUUAGCAGCUUUUAAGAGGAACAAGAGGAAGCUGGAGUUGGCCGAAAAGGUGGAAACAGAUCUCAUUCAACUAAAGAAAAGAAGACAAUCAAAUGAAAAGGAGAAUGACUCAGGAACAUUGGAUACAGUUGGUGCAGUUGUUGUUGACCAAGAAGGAAAUGUUGCUGCUGCUGUCUCCAGUGGUGGUUUAGCACUGAAGCAUCCUGGAAGAGUUGGUCAGGCAGCUCUUUAUGGUUGUGGCUGCUGGGCUGAAAAUACAGGAGCUCAUAACCCUUAUUCCACUGCUGUGAGUACUUCAGGUUGUGGAGAGCACCUUGUCCGGACCAUACUGGCCAGAGAAUGUUCAUGUGCUUUGCAAACAGAGGAUGCCCACCAAGCUCUCCUAGAGACUAUGCAAAACAAGUUUAUUGGUUCACCUUUUCUAGCCAAUGAAGAUGGUGUUCUUGGAGGUGUGAUAGUUCUCCGCUCCUGCAGGUGUUCAGCAGAGCCUGAAUCCUCACAGGAAAAGCCAACUUUACUAGUGGAAUUUCUGUGGAGCCAUACAACAGAGAGCAUGUGUGUUGGAUACAUGUCUGCACAGGAUGGCAAAGCUAAGACUCACAUUUCAAGACUUCCUCCUGGAGCUGUGGCAGGACAGUCUGUGGCAAUAGAAGGAGGAGUUUGCAGACUGGAGAGUCCAGAAAGCAGCUGAUUCUUCACUUCGUUGCAAAGAAUGUGAAUGACUUUUUGUACAAUAAGGGGUUUUUUUUUGUGUGUGUGUUUUAACAGAUGUUGGAAAUUCUGCUUUUGUUUUAUACUCCGUAUUGCAACCAUGUGCAACCAUAACUUGAGACAAGUGCUGCUGUAGUUUAUGUUCUCACUCUGUGAAUGGGGGUUGUGUGCAUGUUCAUUUUGUCCCACGAAUAAAAUAGGAACUCUCCCCAACUGUGCAAAGAUCAUGUAUGGUUAAUGAUUGAGUUUUCAUUUUUUUUUGCAUUGAAAAAUAAGCAAAAGUUAACCUAGUUUAAAGAUGCAGUCACAGUUGUCAUUCAUAUUCUAAAUUGAAAAGUAACGGGCCUUUGAAGUGGCUUUAUAAUUAUGCAAAAAAUGAUUAUGGUUUCUAAGUUUCUCAGUGGUUUAAGGAAAUCCAGAGGUGAUUUAAGCAUGAGUUGUUUUUUUCCUCUCCAAUAAGGAGGAAUUUUUUUUUGUUGUUCAAAGAAUGGUUUCAGUGAAACAAACUAGAGCAAAAUUAAAGCUCAAAUUGUUUUUAAAUAGUCUUAAAAGUCAUAUCUGUGUUCCCAAACCAAGAUGUUAAUAGCUCCAAGCUGUAUGUAUUGCAAAAAGCUAUAUGAAGAUAAUGUAUCGUUACGCAGUCUUUAUGUAUAAUGGAAUAUUACAUAAGUGUAAAUAAGAAAACAAAGUUUAUGGAAAGAUUCGAUAUUAUUCUUCACUUCUGCUUUAAAUCUAUUUUUAAGAGAGGUACAGAAAUGAACAUAUUACUGGAUGCAAAGUGCAAUGUGUAUUAAGUGGCUGGUAGGAGGUCUGAUGCUUUCGUGUUGCUAAAGCAGCUUCCUCAAGUCCAGCCACAGCAUGGGUAUUUAUAGAACUGUGUGUAAUAUGUAUGUACUGUGCAUAAAUUUACUGUAACUCUUUUGAUACCUUCAACAAACCUGCAGUGUAAAACAAUGUAAUCCUUGUCUGCCUUGUGAAGCAUUGGCAGCUGAACUGUCAUUUGUCACCACUUUGGAUAUGUGAGCUGGGUUGCCCAAGUCCUAAAAGCAAAUUCUGACGUGCAACCUUCCACUCAGUCCUUCUUCCUUCACAGCACUGGCAGCAAUAGAAGACUUUUGUAAUUGAUUCAUUGUCCUGAUAAGUAUGCCAAAGAGAAACUAAAAUAGUUCAUCUUUUUCCCUGGUGGAUAUUUGAUAAUUCUGUUUUCAGAAAUAGUGGAUGAAUAGAUAUUCAGACUGUAUUCGCUUAAUCAGGCAUUGUACUUGCCUGUUUUGUAAUGUUGUGCCUGCCUAUAACAGACAUACUUGACUGAUAAAAUGGUUAUAUUGAUUGUAGUAUCAAUCUUUCAUGGAAAAGAAUAAAAUUUUUUUAAUAGCCUGA